AACAGCGCCAAAUUGGCACGAAGAAGAGGAAGAACAAGAGGAGAAGAAGAAGAACCGACAGAGCGCAACUCUUUAGCAAAUCCGCUGUAGUCACAGGAUGGCUGAAGAACAACAUCACAGCGGCUUUGAUCGGAAAACGCCGAAUUAAGAUUCAUGCUUGGGAGAUAAAGCCUCCUGCAGGAGGGAGGAAGACUGUGUUGUAUAAGUCUGGACAGUGACUGACAAGUGAUGGGUCCGAGAAAGAAGGCCUCUAAACUCCAGCCAGUAGUGGGCAGCUGUGGAGGGGAUCUGCUCCUGAGACCCAUUGAGCCCAAAGACUACAUCAAUGAGCUGUCCCAUGAAGUCCUCUGUCACAUAUUCAGGUACCUUCCCAUGAAGGACAUCAUGUGUAUGGAGUGUCUGUCCAGAAAACUUUGGGAAGCUGUGACUCUGUACCUGCGAGUGGUCAAGGUGGUGGAUCUGUGUGCUGGUCGCUGGUGGGAGUAUAUGCCGUCAGGCUUUACAGACAGCAGCUUUCUGCUCCUUUUGAAGAAAAUGCCUGAUCUAGAGCAGCUAUACGGCCUCCACCCUCGAUACCUGGAGAGGAGACGAGUCCGAGGCUACGAGGCCUUCAGUAUACCUGGAGUUCUGGAGGCCCUACAAGCCUGUCCCAGUAUACUGGGGGUGGAGACAUCUCAUCUGGAGCUGGUGGAAGCCAUAUGGAACUACAUGCCCCAGGUUCAUAUAUUGGGAAAGUUCCGUAACCGUAAUGGAGCUUUUCCGAUUCCUGCUGAGAACAAACUGACCAUCCCUAUAACUGCAAAGAUCCAGACAUUACAUCUAGUGGGUGUGAACGUCCCAGAGAUCCCCUGUGUGUCCAUGCUUCGCCACCUUUAUCUGAAAUGGGUCCGUCUCACCAAACCACAGCCAUUUAAGGACUUUCUGUGUGUGAGCCUGAGAACUUUUGUCAUGCGGAACUGUGCAGGACCAACCAACUCCCUCAAAUACGUUCCCCUGGUUACGGGGUUAGCAUCGGCCCGGAACUUGGAGCAGCUGGAGUUGGUGAGAGUUCCCUUCCUGGGAGGGCUGAUCCAACAUGUGGUGGAGGACAGUUGGCGGUCAGGAGGAUUUCGGAACCUACACACCAUUGUGUUUGGAGCCUGUAAGAACGCUUUGGAAGUGGACUUGGGCUACCUGAUCAUCACUGCUGCUCGCAGGCUUCAUGAGCUACGCAUCCAACCCUCGCUGACAAAAGAUGGAGUCUUCUCAGCUCUCAAAAUGGCUGAACUAGAGUUUCCUCAGUUUGAGACACUUCAUCUGGGAUACGUGGACGAGUUCCUGUUGCAAUGUAAGCUGAGCCAUUCAGAGCUGGUGAAGUACGGCCUGGCUGAUGUCAUUGAGAACCCCGGCAUCAUCACAGAUAUUGGCAUAAAGGUGGUGAAUGAGGUGUUCACUAAUAUUAAAUACCUGCUCAUCUACAACUGUCCUCACUUGCAUAACCCUCACCACUGGAUCACAGAUCAUUCCAGAUGGAGUCGCCUCGUGGAUCUCACUCUGGUUCGCUGUCAUGCUAUCAAACUGGAAUCCUUCUCUCAGUUCAUAGAGUCCCUGCCCAGUCUGGAGUUUAUCUGUCUGGACCAGAUGUUUAGAGAACCACCCAAGGGCUGUGCCAGAGUUGGCCUGAGUGCAGGAACCGGUAUUGGCGUUUCCUCAGCAUUAGUCAGCAACCAAAACUCCAACAAUGACAAUGACAACAAUAACAACAACCACCACCACCACAACAAUGAGGCCAACCUGCCUCCUCCUCCUCCUCCAGCUGUUGUCAACAACAUCAACAACCAAAGACGGCAGCAGCAGCAGAACGAUGCACCAGUGGAGGUGAAUGGGUUGGACGAUGGAGAGGAAGAGGUGAUGUUGGAGCAGGACAACAGGGAGGCUGGACCUCAGUUGGAGAUGAAAGGAGCAGAAGAAGAGGCGAGAGCCGAUGUAGCUACAGGGCGGAGUCGUCCAGCAGCAGCGUCACAGCCUCCUGAUGAGGAGCAAGCAGGUCCAAGUGGUUUAGUCCAGCAGUGCAGAAAAGCUGAUGCCACAGUUCCAAAGCCCACGAUGGUCAUCUCUGAUUCUGACAGUGAGGAAGAGGAAGGCCUUGUUUCAAGGCUAAUGCCAGCUUCCUGUUUGCAGCAGCCAGCUUCCGCUACAGAAGGUAAAGGAAAGACUCCUUUGAGGCGGGCUGGAAACGUGGCUGUCUCGGUAGAGCAGACAAAGACCCGGGUGUUAGAAAGCAGCUGUGAGAAGAGCUGUCAGGUGACCAGUGAACAGAUCAAGGCCGACAUGAAGGCUGCUUCUGAGAAUGGCAGCAGGAGGACUAGCGUGAAAGGAUUUGCUACCGAGGCUGCGGAGACUGCUAUGAGACCUGGGAGUGACAGUGUGCCAGUACGGGGCACGGGCAGUGCUGGGAUAGCAGCAAGGUCCGGGGGGCCGCCAGUGGCUGGAUCGAUGGGCAGGGUUGGCCCUGGAGCAACCAGGCAGGUGGGUGGAUGUGGAAGACUGGUGAUGGGGACCACGCACAGAGUAACCGCAACCACUGACCGAGCAACAGGAACUGGCAGGACUAAUGACUUCACAGAGGACCCCUCUGGUGCGCAGUCUGGGAACAGUUGCACGAGGGGGACUAGGUUGGGGCAGACCUGUGGUCCUGCCUCACCCUGCCCUGCAGAUAGUGCUAGAGGUGCUGCUUUAAACCAUUCUCCUAGCAGAGCAGCUCAGCUGAAUAGACAAGAAGACAGUCAACCUGCCUCUCGUGGAUUGCAUUCCGCCACCUUUUCAGGUUCACAACAGGGUCAGGCCAGAGAGGAGGACUUUGUUCCUAGACGGCCUUUGACCCGAUCCUGCACUCGUAUGUCAUCUGUGUCCCUGGUAUCGGAGACAGAUCUCUCCAGAGCCAAACCUCGGGUAGCAGUGAAAAGGAAACGAAUGGCUGACAAAUCUACUAGCACCUCAGACCCAGUCACUGAAGACGACCAUGUGCAGAUUUUAUCUCUGAAGAGUAAGAACCUGGUGGGCAUCACUCUGACCAACUGUGGGAUCACUGACCUGGUCCUCAAAGACUGCCCCAAGAUGAUGUUCAUUCAUGCCACUAGAUGUCGGGUGUUGAAACAGCUGCGGGUAGAAAGUGCACCCAUAGUGAACAGGUUUGAUUACGCUCAGUGUAAGAAGUUGGACAUGGAACAGGUCCUGGAUCAGAUAUUGAGAAUGCCUCCCGAGAGAAACCGCAUCAUCUACAUGCGCCCUAUGCACCAGAUCGACUCGGUAGCAUUGGAGCGUCAGCUCUUCCAGGGGCCCUAUCCCUAUCACAUUGCUAUAGUGCACGAGUUCAGCAACCCUCCAAACAUACGCAACAAGGUUCGCAUUCGCAGCUGGAUGGACACAAUAGCAAACAUCAGCCAAGAGUUGAUCAAGUAUGAGUUCUUCCCAGAGGCCACCAGGACAGACGAGGAUGUGAAGAAGUAUCCAACAUACCCCUGGGGUCGAGACAUCUAUACAUUGGAGGGACUGGUGGAUGGUGCUCCCUACAGCAUGAUAACAGACUUCCCCUGGCUGAGGACUCUGAGAGCAGCCGAUCCCAACAGCUACGCCCGCUACGACUUUGAGGACGAUGAAAGCACCACCAUCUACGCACCCAGGCGUAAAGGCCAGCUGUCAGCCGACAUCUGCAUGGAGACCAUCGGGGAGGAGAUCUCAGAGCGCCGACAAAGCAAAAGAGGAGUGUUUCAGAGGGUGGUGGUGCUCUUCCUCCAUCACUGUGAUACACCAGGAGAACCUGUGGAUGAUGACUACAUCUAGAUGUGCCGCCUGACAAACGUUUGUUUGAAAAAAGACCCAGAGAUGUAGUCUGUUUGGAUGAGGUGCAUCAUAUAUCUGAUGCAGAUUUUCUUAAUAUUUGAGCAAAAUCUUAAAGCCUUUAUGUGCCAAAUAAUAUAUCUCAAAUAUAGCCCUGUUUUGCCAGUAUUGACAUCACAACCCCAGGCGUGUGCCCAGCUGCUUCCCAUAUCAUAUAGAGAAGGGUUACGCCCUGUCUGAUCUUUCAAGCCGUCCACGCCAAAGUCUGCCUACCUCUGCACCACACAUGUGAUCAAUCACAGACAGAAAUGGCCUUAGACAGAAAUGUCAAAGACAUGCUUUUUAAUUUAAGUUUUAUGUUUGUUUUUGUUUUUUUCCUCUUCGACAUGCAGCAGGGUCAGUGGCUCUGGAUGGUGGACAGUGUGUCAUUUUGUUGCAUUUUACCACAAGCAAUAGAUGGAGAGGUUGUGAGGAGCUGAAGAACUGGAGCGGCUGAUUAACUUGAUCUAGUACUAAGACUCCGUCCUCUCUGCAUGAGCAGCCUGUUUGAUAUAGAUUGAGAGCCCCGCUGCAAGGGAAACUGCUGGGUGGCCCAAAAAAUGGAUACAAUUUUUGAGUUCUGAAAUAUGUCUGACUUUCAAUGAUCGGUGGGAAUUAUGAGGGAAAAAAGGCAGAAUUGUGUCUUUGUUGAUAUUUAGACCUUUUUCAUUGGACUUUGAACUUAAUUCUCUAAGUUGUGUAUAGAACAAUACUGCAAACAAAGAGCUCACACUGGUCAACCAACAAUCUAUUGUGCAAUACCCAACGUUGGAAAAUGUGUCUGACUUCACUGAUUCCUCAGAUUUAGCCUUUCUAGUCUGGUUUCACUGUAGCAGUGGUAUUUCACACAUUGUUAGAUGGCGAUAUUCCUAAGUCAAGUCAUUUUUGGGUCUCAUCUAAAGUUUAUAAAAAUAACUUUUUGUUUUACCUUUUCAGAAUUUGUCAUUGCUACAGAUUUUUCUUUUCCCCCUCAAUGAUUUCAUUGGUCAUGUCAAUGGCCCAAUGUAAAACAGUGGACAGGACUGACUGUUCAGGAUGUAUCAGGUAUUCCCAAAAUAUGUUUAGGGUUCAAAAAGAUGAGAAACUGACUGAAUGUUCCCUAUCAAAGGAGAUGGAGAUUCUUUUUUGUGAGGUUGAGUGGACUGAGUAGGACCUGACUUUAGCCUUCUGUUUGUGUACAGACUGUACAGAUGUCAUGGAGGACAAUGUGCUUCCAUGGUGUUUAUAUGUUUAUAAUGAAAGAACAAGACUAUUUCAUAUUGAAAAAUAAAAGAACCAAAAUGGA